AUGAUACUUGCAGAAGUAGAAGGAGUUUGGUUAAAUUUUAAUUGUUUAUGUCAAAACCGUUAUUCAAUAUUUAAAAACAAAUCUUUUUUGGAAAAUGCUCUGGAUAUCUGUGAUUUUUACACUCGUAUUUGUAUCUUCAGGUUCCUCUGCCAACGAAAUUAGUAAUGUUCAUGUUCUGGAUCCAGGAGAGACUUUUCAUUUCAACUCGAAAGGACCCAUUCACUUAGAGAUAUUUUGUUACAAAGGAAAACCUAAAAAUAUAAUAUAUAUUUGGCAGACAAUCAUCCUUCAGCUGAUUCACCACACUGAUGACUUCAGUAUGUUUGAGGGAUUUGAUCCUGGAGAUGUGAAAAAGCAGUAUGCUGAGAAACAGUCUUUUUGGUCCAUAAAUAUUUUCUCACCAAGACAAAGAAGCAUGAAGCUGAAUCCAUUCAAUACAAGUUGUGUUGGGAUUGAAAGCAGAGAAACAUACACUGUGAAACUAAAUGUCAUAGUGAUUGAUUUCUGGAAGGUGUCACUGUUGAUUGUGGGACUGUUUUUGUUUUUAUCUGCAGAGACUUUGAGCAAGAAUGUAAUUUUUCAUUAUAUCUGUGGGGUCUCUGUUGGUAUUACUGCUUCUCUUUUGAUUUUGAUAUACCUUGUCAGCAAGAUUUUUCCAAGAAAACCUUUCAUGUAUGGAAUCAUAGGUUGUGGUUGGACAGUGGUUAUAUAUGCCCUACAGUUGAUUUGGGCCAACAUGCAAACUAUUUUGACUGGAUACAAGCUUUUUGUUGUAUGGUACAUAAUUGGAACUGGCCUUUUGAGCUUCAUAUUCUGUUAUAGGUGGGGCCCAGUGGAAAAUAAAAGAACCAUCAAUCUGAUUAGAUGGUCAAUGCAGCUUUUAGGCCUUGUCACUAUUUUUAAUAGCAGUCAUUAUCAAGAAGCAGCUAUGGGUCAAAUAGUUACUUUACUCAUUGCCUACAAUAUGCCACAAAAGUGGGUUGUUAAGCCCAAAAUGUAUUGGAGAAGGAAGUUUCCUCCUAAAAUUCCUUUGCUAACAGAAGAUGAAUUUCAUCAGCAAGCAGUCAGAGAGACAGCUAAGGCCCUUGAGGAACUCAGAAAAUUUUGUGCCAGUCCUGAGUGCAAUCAAUGGAAAACAGUUACUAAACUCAAAAAUGUAAAAAGGUUUGCAUCUUUUGUUGAAGGUAACUCCCACUUAAGUGAUGAAGAAAUACUUGAAUAUGAAACAUCUGUUCAAGGAGAAAUAACAGAUGAUGAACAUGAUGAUGAAUUGACAGAUGAAGAAUAUUGA